UGCGUGGGCGGACCAAAAGUUCUGCAUGGAGUGGGCCAAGAGGUCGUACCGCGAAGGCCUGAUCCGCGGGCGGGGUGAGCUCCCCAAGGCGAGGUCCAUUCUGAUAAUGGACAACUUGCACGCGCAGACCACGGACGAGUUCAAGGGGUAUCUUGCGAAGCAGUGCAACACUAUCGCCUGGCUUGGCCCUGCGGAGUGCACGGACGAGGUGCAGCCAGUUGAUGCAGGAGCCGGACGAUUUCUCAAGGUGGAAGUUGGUAACGAGAUGGACAAGUGGCUCGAUCAGUCGGACAACAUCGAGAGGUAG